AUGUUGCUCGAACUUUUUGGCUCAUUUGAAGCUGUAGUGAACACUAAAAAAGAAAUUUGGGGAACUGCUGUUGCUGCUGCUACAGUCGUUUUGCGCUUGGCGGCCGCCGCGCCCACCGCCCGGGCACAGCCGCUGCCUGCCUGCCUGCCCUUCCACUGCGGCGGCUACUCGGGUCCGUCCCCCAAGGGCGCGCCGCGCCGCGGCAAGCUACGACUAACGAGCCCUCUUUCAUCUUUGAACGUCGCAGAGGCGGCUGAGGCUGCGACAAACACCGACGGACUGCGAACUAACCAGCAGUCGCCAUCCGGCGCGGCCGCCACGGCGAGGAAAAGUCCAGAAAAAGCAGCCUCCGUGCAGGAUCCGGACCUCCUGGGCGUGCGGCGAAUCUGCAGCGUCACCUCCACAACCGACUAA